AUGUUAAGUUCAACUUUAGUUAAUUGUAUCUGUGGUGCAAAAAUUCUGUUAGACCGUCCAUAUGAUGAAAGGCUUUUUGAAAGGCAUUUAAAAAUAAUUUUGGAUGCAAAAGAAGUACUCGGCGAUCUAAAAAUAGUUGGGGUAAUCGCCAAAGAAAGUCUUCUAGAUGAAUAUCAAGAAGAAAUUAAUAAAAAGAAUCAAAUAAAUCCUUUAUCAAGUAUAGGUAAGAUGUUAGCUUAUUUUUAG